AAAAUGUUUUAAAAGAUGAUGGUUUUGGAGCUCUAGCACCACCACCUCCGCUCUCUCCUCCUCCUCCUCCGCCACGGAAACCAUCUCAUUGUCUCUCUUCAGUCACUCCUUUCAAAAAAACUACAACCUUAUCAUCUAAAACUUCCUUAUUUAUAGAUCUUUGUUGUUCAAUCUCGAACAAAUUGGUCACUGUAAAAGGCGAUAGCUGUAUCUUUACUUCAAUAUCUCGUACACUUCUUUUAUUCAACUCUCUUUUGAAGCCACAUUACUUCUGCUAUACAGGUUGAGAUGGACCGCCGGGGUGGUUGGCCAUGGAAGAGAAAAUCAUCAUCUGAAAAGACUGAGAAGGUGUUAGCUGAGUCUGUUGGUGCAGCUCCGGCGUCUGCCGGAUCUCAAGCCAAUCAGGAUAAUUACAAAAAACCGACAUAUGUUCAAAUUUCUGUGGAAUCAUACACUCAUCUGACUGGUCUGGAGGAUCAAGUGAAAACUUACAAGGAACAAGUUCAGGCACUGGAAGAUCAAAUUAGAGACUUGAAUGAACAAUUGUCCACUGCAGAAUCAGAGAUUACUACCAAGGACAACCUGGUGAAACAGCAUAACAGAGUUGCUGAAGAAGCUGUCUCAGGUUGGGAGAAGGCUGAAGCAGAAGCAUUGGCAUUGAAAAAUCAUUUAGAAUCUGUCACACUACAGAAGCUUACUGCCGAAGAUAGAGCAUCACAUUUGGAUGGUGCUCUUAAAGAAUGCAUGCGGCAGAUACGAAAUCUGAAGGAAGAACAUGAGCAGAAAUUGCAAGAUGUUGUUCUUACAAAAACUAAGCAAUGCGACAAAAUUAGGCUUGAGCUUGAAUCAAGGAUAGCAAACCUAGAUCAAGAACUCCUUAGGUCUGAAGCAGAAAAUGCUGCGCUUUCCAGGUCUUUGCAAGAACGUUCUAACAUGCUAAUGAAGAUAAGUGAAGAAAAAUCCCAAGCUGAGGCUGAAAUUGAACAUUUGAAGGGCAAUAUUGAAUCAUGUGAAAGGGAAAUAAAUUCAGCGAAAUAUGAACUCCACAUAGUUGCCAAAGAGCUUGAAAUUCGUAAUGAAGAAAAGAACAUGAGCAUGAGGUCUGCAGAGGUAGCCAACAAGCAACAUAUGGAGGGUGUCAAGAAGAUAGCUAAACUGGAAGCAGAGUGCCAAAGAUUACGUGGACUUGUGCGGAAGAAGUUGCCUGGGCCUGCUGCUCUGGCACAAAUGAAGCUAGAGGUAGAAAGUUUAGGCCGAGACUAUGGAGAUACCCGACUGAGGAGGUCUCCUGUUAAAGCAGCAAGUCCACAUUUAUCCCCUGUUACAGAGUUUUCACUUGAUAGUGUACAGAAAUUCCAUAAAGAGAAUGAGUUUCUCACUGAACGGUUAUUGGCGAUGGAAGAAGAAACAAAGAUGCUUAAAGAAGCUUUGGCAAAGCGUAACAGUGAAUUGCAGGCUUCAAGGAAUCUGUGUGCUAAGACAUCUAGCACAAUUCAAACUUUGGAGGCACAACUGCAAACUGGCAAUCAGCAUAAAAGUCCUCCUAGCUUCACCUCCAUCUCAGAAGAUGAAAAUGAUGACAAAGUAAGCUGUGCAGACUCUUGGGCAACAGCUCUGAUCUCUGAGCUCUCCCAGUUCAAGAAGGAAAAGCACACAGAGAAGUCAAACAAUGCUGAAAAUGCGAAGCACUUGGAGCUUAUGGAUGACUUUCUUGAGAUGGAGAAGUUGGCUUGUUUAUCAAAUGAUUCUAAUGCAAAUGUUGCUACCACUGCUCCAGACUGUGCAAGCAACAAGAUAUCUGAGGUUAUGAACCACAAUGCUUCAGGAGUGGUCAAUACUGAGCAGAAUUUCCGAUCUGAACAGCAGCAUAAUAUGGAUUUGUCCCAGAGUAAUCCAGAAUCUGAUGCAAAGCAGCUCCCAAUAAUGCAGCUUCGAUCAAGAAUCUCUAUGUUACUUAAGUCCAUGUCCAGUGAUUCUGAUCUGGGGAAAAUUGUGGAGGAUAUUAAACAAGCUGCAGAAGAUGUGCAUGGUGCACUGCAUAAACAAUCUGCAAGUUGUGGUUCUACAGAUGUGAACUGUUCUGAUGCCCUAUGCAAUAGGGAGGCUCCAGGAGAUGCUGAAUUAAGAGCAGAUGAGAAAAUUGAUUUCUCCCAAGAUGACAAGCUGGUUUCAAAAACUAUAUGUGUUAUAAGCAAGGAGUUGUUGAUGGCUAUUACUCAUAUUCAUGACUUUGUGCUGUUCCUUGGCAAAGAAGCAAGAGCUGUUCAUGAUACGUCUUCUGAUGGAAAUGGAUUGAGCCAAAAUAUUGAGAAGUUCUCUGUCAGCUUUAACAAGGUCUUAGAUAGCAGUGGAAGUUUGGUUGAUUUCAUUUUCGAUCUUUCUCAGGUUUUAUUGAAAGCCAGCAAACUCAGAAUAAAUAUCCUGGGCUAUAAGGGUAUUGAAGUAGAACCUAACAGUCCAGAUUGCAUUGAUAAGGUUGCUUUACCGGAGAAUAAGUUCACUCAGAAGGAUUUGUCAGGAGAAAGAUAUCCAAAUGGUUGUGACCACAUUUCUAAUCCAACCUCUGAUCCUGAGGUUCCUGAUGAUGGUAAUUUAGUCAGAGGCUAUGAAGUAAAAACCAAUGCAUGCCCUUUCUCACUGGAACAGUUUGAAGUAUUGAAAUUGGAGAAAGAUAACAUGGCAAUGGAUCUAGCUAGAUGUACUGAAAAUAUGGAGAUGACUAAGUCUCAAUUACAUGAAACUGAGCAGCUUCUUGCUGAGGCUAAAUCACAAUUGGCUUCUGCUCAAAAGUCAAAUAGCUUGGCUGAGACACAGCUCAAAUGUAUGGCAGAGUCUUAUAGGUCACUUGAAAUGCGUGCCCAGGAACUAGAAUCUGAGGUGAACCUUCUGAGAGCAAAAAUAGAUAAUCUGGAAAUUGAGCUUCAAGACGAAAAGACAAGUCACCACGAUGCUCUGGCUAGAUGCAAGGAACUUGAGGAGCAACUUCAAAGGAAUGAGAGCCAUGGUGAGGCUGAUGACGAUCUGAAGACCAAGCAGGAGAGGGAGUUAACAGCAGCAGCAGAGAAGCUGGCAGAGUGUCAAGAAACUAUCUUUCUUCUUGGCAAGCAGUUGAAUUCUUUGCGACCUCAGCCAGAGCUCAUGGGAUCUCCAUUCAACCAGAGUCAUCAAAGAGUUGAAGGGUUCCCUGAAGAUGAACUUGCUUCUAGCAGCGUGAACUUACAAGACUUAAAUCAAGCUGGGAUGGACACUGCUGUUUCUCCCAAUAAUAUCCUCAGAGUAGGUGCGGAGUCACCCUUGCACAAUUAUAGUUCCCCAUGUAGCCCAUCCCAAAACGAACAAAACAUCAACAGAUCACCAAUCAAUUCAACGCAUCCAAAACACAGGCCUUCAAAAUCAAGCUCAUCAUCUUCUUCUUCCUCAGCCCCAACUCCAGAGAAACAGUCGAGAGGAUUUAGCAGAUUCUUUUCGUCAAAAGGGAAGAAUGGUCAAUAGACCAUGCAGCUUACUAGCCAAAAAGAUAGCAGUGGAUAAGAGCACUGGGUAAUAAUAAAAAAACACCAACAAUGGGGAGUUGUAUGGUUGUUGAAGCCUCGUCGGAACGAGUUAUAGGAGGGGUAAGGUUGUGAAAUUAUGGCUUGGAGUUGGGUUAAUUUUUGUAACUACUGACUGUAUAUGAUAUCCAUGUUAUCGGUUAAUUUGUAUUUUCUUCUUUCUACUCGUGUCUCUUUCUACUCGUGUCUGUAAUUUUGGUUAAUUGAACAUGACAUAGUUUGAAACUAUUUUGCAUAUAUAUUGUAUGUGGAAGUAUUGUUAUUACGCAAAUACGCAAUAUAAUCUUCUCCAAAUAAUAAUUGCUUGGGAUUUUACA